CAAAGUGAGAACACGUGACAGAAGCAGGAAGUGCGAGGACGAGCAUACGGUCCAAGUUCAAGAGAAUGGUAGCGGCUCGAAGAGGAUCUUCUUACGGUGUGAUGUCCUUAGACCCCCCGGAUAGGAAAUGUUUGGUCGGCUGAACACCUCAGAUUUGGAUACAACCAUUCGCUAAUCAUUGUGGAUGAUUUGUAUCUCCAACACGCACAUAAGAAAAGUCGAGUCGGGACACAGCAAUUUGACUCGUCGCCAUCCAACAUAAUGUUUCGGGGUUACUACAUGUUCCUUCUUUUCUCUGUUGUUUGCUGGCUACAGCCAAUUAACGGGCGAGCAGAGCUGUCCCCACCUCAGAAUGUGGACUUGGAUACCAUGAACACCUGUUACACGCUGAAGUGGGAUUGGGAUGAGAGUACUUCAAACAGCCAUGCUGUUUCUUUCUCUGCACAAUGUAUAGCGAAGUACAAGCUGGAGUACAAGACAAAGCACACCUGGACUACGGCCUGUGAUAACACAUCUCUAAAAUCAUGUGAUCUUGCUGUGUGUCGUAUGCAUUAUGUGGGUGUCUACAUACUCCGUGUUCGUGCCAAUGUAAAUGGAAAUUACUCCAACUGGGUACUGAAAACAUUUUGUCCUGAGAAGCAUGCGACAAUUGGUCCGCCAUCCAAUGUGCGCCUGGCUCCUCAUGGAAGUAACCUCUCGGUUUACAUCUCUGAUCCACUGAACAGUUCAAAUUGCUCCAUGACAGAAGAAUUUUCCAAGUUGUCCUACAACAUCUUGUACUGGGAACGUAAUGAAGACAUGCAGGUAUUAGAACCCAAGAUUUUGAAGAGCGAUGAGUCUGAAAUGACUCUGACAAACCUUAAAUCUUGGACAUUCUACUGUGUAAAGGUCCAGUCACGUUUCGACCUCUACAAUAAGAGCAGUACAUUCACCUUAUCCAAGUGCAUUCAGACUGAAGGCACUAUCCCAUUGGGGAAGAGGAUUGUGUACUUCCUGGGCUCUUUUUCCCUGUUUUUUCUGGUGGUUCUGCUCCUCUUGUAUGUUUCAUUGAAGUGCUACUGGACAGUCAAGGAAACUUUCUACCCCAUGAUCCACCUUCCACCAUUCUUUCAAAAGGAUUCUCAUGACUCCUUUGGAUCCGAUAUUCCUUGUCUACUAUCCUUGGGCUCAGAAGUAUUUUGUGAUGAAGUUAUAAUAUGUGAAAAACCCCAAGAAUUUCACAAUCUUCCCUCAGAUGUUCUCGCCUCAAGCCAGGAACCAAAUAGCAGUGGUCAGGAUAGUCGUCAGGACGUAAGAAGAAGCGAAGACUCUGGAGUUUACUCUACAGAAGGCAGCUACAGCCAACAGCAGAGUAACAGCAGUUAUUCCUCCUCAGGGGCCAAAUUGUCUUAUCUUGUUGACCAAGAUCAGGAGAAAAUGCAAAAUAUGAAUAGAAUAAUACCACAUGUUCCUUAAAUUACUGCUGUGCAGUAGCAGCCUUAUCAACUCCGCCCAAUACGAUAUAUUCCACUGUCAGAACAA